AUGACUACUGAGUCCACCAAGGCUACCCUCGAGCAGCUCGAGGUGAGCAAGGAUGGGAUGGAACGGGGCGAGAAGGACCUCCAGGAAACGAGCGAUGCCAUUCAGCUCGCCGAGGCGGUUCAAUCGAUGAAAUGCAGUCCAUGGACCGCCAGCAUGUUUCGCCUGUACGGCUGUCUGGUAAUUGCAUAUCUGUGUGGAUGCUUGAACGGUUACGACGGCUCCUUGAUGGGAGGACUGAAUGACAUGACAACUUACCAGCAAUAUUUCCAUAUGAAAACCGCCUCUUCGUCGACUGGCCUGGUAUUUGCCAUCUAUAACCUUGGCUCUAUUCCAGCGGUUAUUCUCUCCGGCCCCGUCAAUGAUAUUUUCGGGCGCCGCAGGGGCAUGUUCACCGGAGCCGCCAUUAUCAUCAUCGGAACUUGCAUUCAAGCACCCGCCACUUCCCAUGGAAUGUUCCUCGCUGGUCGAUUCAUCCUUGGUUUCGGGGUCAGCUUUUGCUGUGUCAGUGCGCCAUGCUACGUCUCAGAGAUGGCACAUCCCGUGUGGCGUGGAACCUUGACUGGGUUGUACAACUGCACCUGGUAUAUUGGCUCCAUCGUCGCCGGUUGGAUCGUCUAUGGCUGCGAAGACAUCCCUCACGCGUACGGUUUCCGGAUCCCUAUCUGGUGCCAGCUUAUCUCGUCCGUGUUUGUCGCAAUUGGCACUUGGUUCAUGCCUGAAUCGCCUCGGUGGCUCAUGGCGCAGGACCGCACGGAGGAGGCCAUUCAAAUUCUCGCGCGCUAUCACGGAGAAGGGGAUGCCUCGCACCCAAUGGUCACCCUCCAGGUCAAGGAGAUGCAGCACCAGAUUACCGUCGACGUUGCGGACUUCAGCAAGAAAUGGUGGGAUUACCGCGAGUUGUUCAACUCCCACUCUGCUCGUCGCCGUUUUAUUUGUGUGGCUGGCAUGGCUUGCUUUGGUCAACUCUCUGGUAAUAGCCUUACCAGCUACUAUCUCCCGGUGAUGGUCCAGAAUGCUGGCAUUGGAUCGGUCAAGACCCAACUCAUGCUCAAUGCCAUCUACAACGUUCUCUGCCUUAUCACAGCCGUCUCCGGUGCUGGUCUCACAGACCGUAUCGGUCGUCGACCUCUUAUGAUCUACUCGCUUCUCUUCUGCUCCGUUGCCUUUGCCGUCAUCCUGGGAACAUCCAAGCUCUCCGUUGAUGAUCCUACCAACUCCAACUCUGCCAAUACUGCCGUUGCGUUCAUUUACCUCUUCGGCAUUGUCUUUUCAUUUGGCUGGACGCCCCUGCAAAGCAUGUAUAUUGCCGAGACACUGACGACCAACACACGCGCCAAGGGCACUGCACUCGGCAACUUGCUAUCCAACAUCAGCAGUGCGAUUAUCCAGUACAGCUCUGGGCCCGCUUUUGAGAAGCUGGGCUAUUACUUUUAUGCCGUGUUCGUUGGGUGGGACCUGAUCGAGAUGGUUGUGAUCUACUUCUGGUUCCCGGAGACUAAAGAACGGACCCUCGAGGAGCUGGAAGAGGUCUUUGCCGCUCCAAAUCCGGUGAAGAAGAGUCUGGAACCCCGUGAUAUUUCCACCGUGCUGAGGACAUUGGAGGUGACGGAAGUCGAAACUAGUCGUGCGGAUGUUUAA